CGGCAAGAUUUGAACAGGUGACCUUGAGAAGCGCUGUUCUAAAGCAAGUAGCCAAAAACCUUGGUUAUAAUAUCUAACAGUGGCAUUUUAAUUACUCAGAAGAAUCUAGUUUUGUAAAAUGUUCUUAUCGGUUAUGCGUACUACUGGAAACGUCAAACAUGCUAUAUGAUAUGAAAUCUACAGCUUGAGGUCAUAGAAUGCUUUCAUAUUUACAGUCCCGACUGCUUGUUAAACUAUACACUUCACAUAUUUGACACAUGCUAUAUUUUCUUUAAGAUAAAAUUUACUUUUGGUUUCGUUUUUUUUUUCUUAAGAUUAAAAAUCAGCGAUUUUGAUAUUGUUUUUUUUUUCCUUUCUAUCUAAAAACCUCAAUCCGGAUAUCCACUAAACAUCUUAUUGAGUUUGUGAGAUUUGGAUUUGGAAUCACAUACUUUAACGAGUGUUGAUAGACGACAAGACAGUAAAAUGUCUAGAAAUUAAAGUAUCUAGAAGACUAGAGCAAGAAUCCAAGUGUGGUUACGAGUGAAAGAGAAUCUUAUAAAGAGGAUCUUAUAAUUGAGCAUGAAAACUCGCGGCGCCUUGAAAUGUGAGACCAAAGUACGUAAGCACUUUCCAGUUAUACAAAACCAUCACAUGGCAAUCAGUUUCCUUCUCCGGAUUUUAAAAAAGUAAAUAAAGAAUAACUUUAAUAAAGAAAGAAAAAAAUUAGGAAAGUAAUUGUUAAAGCUACGAUUUUAAGAGAAGUACAAUGAAUUACGUCGCCGCUGGAUCGCUUAAGCUGUCUGUAAUUACCCAAGCAUCUUCUCCCAUUCUGAUACUUUUUUUUCAUACAUAAAUUUUAUGAAAACCUCUUUUAGGUAAAAAAUACUCCCUCUGUUCCUAAAAAUAGGAUGUUUAGUUAGAAACACACAUAUUAAGAAAACUACUUUUUAUCUAGAAAAUAUCACUAAAACUAUAAAUUAAUUGUAUUCAACCAAUUACAAAAUAGACUAUUAAAAUAUGAUUGGGUACACAGUUUUUAAUAAAGUAAAAAUUACUUCGAAAAAUGAAAACAUCUUAUAUAUUGGAACAUCAAAAUUCUUGUAAAACAUCAUACUUUUAGAAACAGAGGGAGUAACACUUUUGUUUUGAUGAUUUGGUUGUAAAGAUGCUUUUGUAGGAAAAGUUAAUCACAUUUAAUAACUCGACUAGUCGUCAUUCAAUCAAAUCUUUGAACAGAAAUGGAAAAUGGUUUGGACUUCUUGUGAAUAUGACAUGAAUAGCGAGUUUUAAUUUGUUAUCAGAUGCAAUACUAGUUAACAAGUAUGAUACGUUGGUAAAAAUAAAAAAUAAAUAGACCAAAGAACAGAAUUGUAUGCUUUUUUUUUUGUUACUGCAUUAUUUAACUUGAUACUUGAUCUGAACGACAUAGGACGGUUGACUCCUCUCACCACAUGGAAUACUAUUUGUCUUUCUAUGUUUAGUCCGGAAAAUAUGUAUGAGCUCAAACACAAACCAGCUAGAUGUUUGCAAAGUUUUAAUUGAGUUUGUUUAAGACGAUGACAAACAAAAACUAGUUACUAUUUGACUUAAACACAAACAAAUCAACUUAUUUAAGGUCUCCUGUACAAAUAAACCUUUAAAGGCUAUCUACCUAAAUAACCCUUCAAAACAUUAACAUAGUUAGUUCGCCGUACUAAUUCUCUCCUCAUGCAUGCACUAGACAAUCAGCUAAAGACGCUCCAUGGGCUUUCUGCGACUGCACGUCUACUUACACAUGUUGUUGCACAUCUAUUAAGACGUAGCGAACAUGAACCAAGUUAAGCGAACAUUUUUAUUCGUUUCAAAUUUAAUGGUAGGUCUGAUAUACUUUAAAAUAUGAAAAUAAAACCUAUCUGACUCAUCUCCAAAGUAACCCGUUAGGUCACAUUUAUAUAUAAAAUUAACAUAAAAUUAGUAUCUCGAGAAUCUUGAACAAAGUAAAAGACAUUUCAAUUGCAUACGUUUGUGAAAUUGUAGGCACGAUGCAGUUUGAUGAAAGGCAACGUGACAUAAAGCCAAAAGUUAAACAUAAAAGGUAAGUCAUCCACUACAUCAAAUGGUGUAAUCUCGACGUGUCAAAUUGUGAGAAGAUUGCUCCGCCAUUAAGUAAACCAUUUAGCCAUUAAUUAAAUUUAAACAAUACGACAAGACUCAUAAAGCCAUGACUCGGUACCGUACCUUUUGAGUACACUCCUAUAUAAACCCUUGAAGGCCCUCAGCACCAAUGUUCCUUUCCAUGCUAGUUAAGCAACAUCCUAUUAUAUAUUUAUUACACUGUAAAAGAAACACCAUUAACAUUUAUUGAUUAAAAAAGCUUAUAGCUCUUACAAAGAGAGAAAUGAAGAAAGCUACGGCAUUGAUGAAACAUGUCGUUGCAUUGUUGAGUUCCGCAGCAAGGGCGAAAUCUAUAGCCAUAAAGAACAAAACAAGUGCUUUCAAGACGAGACUCCUCAUGUUGUCCCUUGUGAAACACGAAAAGCUCGGGUUCCGUUCAAUUUCCAACAAGAUCCACAACCUCCUAGGCCAUUCAGAUCAAGAGCAAGACUACAACCAUGACCAAGACAAUAGCAAGGCUAUAAUCCUCUACAACAACGGGGAAGUGGCUCACUGUGAGAGUUAUGACGUACAAGACGAGGAAAACGACAAGUAUCCUGAUCUGAGGCACACGUUGUUCGAAGGAGAGGAGGAUUUUGGGGACUUGGAGGAAGGCCAAGGAAGUUCUGUGAUAGAUAUGGUGAGGAACUCGAAGGAAGAAGAAGGAGAGAGUUUCAAGCUAGAAGAUGAGAUCGACCAUGUAGCGGAUCUCUUCAUUUCAAGGUUUCAUAAGCAGAUGAAGCUUCAGAAACUCUUGUCCUUUAAGAGUUAUUAAGUUGGGACAAAGGAAGGAUCUGUUUUGCAAUGUGUGUUCCUUCCACCUCGAGGUGGUAUUAUAUGUUUAAAAUAUUUAAUAUGCUAUAAUAUUGGACAUUCUUCUUUUUUUUUGGCUUAUAAAUUUCAGUUAGUCAAAUUCUUAACUAUUACAUUGACAAGUAGUUUUUUUUAAUGAUGUUAAAUUUAUUCGAAUCAAAACAAAUAGUUGUUAAUUACUAAAUUUCUUAUUAAUAUAUAAGCUAACAAAUAAAAAGCUUUUACGAAGAUACAUGAAUUAACUUAGAAGAAGAUAAAAAGAAAUUUAAGAAAGCAAAAAAAAUGAGUUAAAUAUUUUUUAAAGAUUUUAUAUUGAUUGUGUAUAUGAUAAAUUUAUAAUCCUUUAAAUUCAUACUGAUGUUCAGAGGUUUAAGAUUUUUCCAGAAUUAUCAAAGGUGUAGAUGUCUGUAACUUUUGUGGUUGCACUGCAAAAGUCACUAAAGUAAAAUGUCUAUAUGUGUUUAAGAACAUGUGCCGAAUCACAAGAAAAUUAGAAUUGGUGCCUUGGUGGAAUGGAGUUAUCAACCGACUUGAGAGGUCCGUAACAAUAUACGUACAGUGCAAUAUUCUUUAGAAAUAAAUGUUUGAAGUUGGUUGUACUAUGAAGUGAUUGUGAUUGCCAAUUAUAUCUAUAUAUAAGGUUAAUCAAAGAAAAAAAAAACGCAAGCGUAAUUAGAUAAUCCAUUAUAUAUUAAAGGAAAUAAAUGCAUUCACACUAUAAUAGACACGUGGCAGCCUCACAAUGAUUUGAUAAUAAAUAUGUUAACGCGUUCACAC